AUGGCAGACUCCGAGUUGACGCCAAAGUUUGCACCCUUCUUGGGUAUGGCGGGCAUUGCGUUUGCUAUGAUAUUCGGAUGUUUAGGAGCGGCAUAUGGCACAGCGAAGUCAGGCAUCGGUAUUGCCAAUGUGGGAACAUUCAGACCGGACCUCAUCAUGAAGUCWUUGAUCCCGGUUGUCAUGUCGGGUAUCAUCGCAGUGUAUGCACUUGUGGUAGCGGUCUUGAUAGCGGGCAGCAUGAAGCCACCACCAGAGGUGCACUACAGCUUAUAUAAUGGCUGCAUGCAUCUAGCGUGCGGUCUUUCGGUUGGCCUUACCGGGCUGGCCGCUGGCUAUGCUAUUGGAAUAGUGGGAGAUUCGGGUGUACGUGCAUACAUGCAGCAGUCCCGGAUUUUCGUUGGCAUGGUCCUCAUCCUGAUUUUUGGCGAAGUACUUGGUCUUUAUGGCUUGAUUGUCGCUUUGAUUCUGAACACCAGAGCAGCAGGUUGA